GAGUCACGCUGGCCCCGCCUUCUCGCGGGCUGCUUGGCGACGAGAGGCUGAAGUGUGUGCACAGGCGAAGGCCAGCUGAUGGUGAGAGCGAAAUCAGUCGGAGAAAACUUCCGAGUUUCAACCUGAAUGAAGACUGAAGCUGCUCUGUGUGCUAUCAAUCACAAAUUCUGAGAAGAAUAAUAGUCUGGUGCUGCACAUGUUUAGAUGGAUCUGAAUCUCAAGGGAAGCUCAGAUUUAUUAUGUUAUUGACUUUGAGUGAGAUGUCCAAAUGAGAAGAACAUUUGAGACUUUAGUGUUCACUAACAAAGACAGCAAAAAAGCCUCAUACAUUUGGCUGAUCCAGAGUGCGGCACCUCUGUGAAUGGUGGAUUGUCAAUUGCUAUGUCUGCAGUGUUGCUGAUGGCCCAGCUCUGAAUUCAUGCUACUCAAGGAUUCUUACAUUUAUAGCUAAUAGAAUUGCACAGCUUUUGGUCCAAGAUUUGAAUAGAAAUAGCAAAGUGGCCAUGGCUGCUUUCAUUAAUAAAUUGCUGUUGGUAUUUCUAAUUCUCCAGAACAAUUGUAUGUGCCAUGAAAAUGCACUGUCUCUGUUAACAAGGUAUAAACAAAACCCAUGGACAUUGCCAUCCAGUUGUCCCCAAAACAGGCAGCCAGAGAAACCAAAUUCUCUGAACUUUAAACUUGAUGUUAGAAUGCCUGGAGUAACACCUUUGACGUCGGAUAGCUACUUUUGCACGUUUGUUCCAGUGCCAUCUGGUCAGAAGUCCUAUAUAGUUGAUUUUAAACCUCAUGCAAGCAUGGAAACUGUUCACCAUAUGUUACUGUUUGGAUGCAGCAAGCCAGCCACAAAUGAAGACUAUUGGGACUGUGGCAGCAGUUAUGCAACUUGUUUAUAUGAAGCCAAAGUUAUGUAUGCCUGGGCCAGAAAUGCUCCUCCCACGCAAUUACCUACUGAUGUUGGAUUCAGAGUUGGUGGAAGCACAGGUAUCAACUAUAUUGUUCUUCAAGUUCAUUAUGGAGACAUCACUGCAUUUAGAGAUAAUCACAAAGAUUGCUCUGGUGUGACAUUACAGAUGACAUUUCGUCAGCAGCCUUUGAUUGCUGGGAUUUAUCUCCUCAUGUCUCAUGAUGCUGUCAUACCACCAGGAGAAAAGGUUGUAAAUGCAGAUAUUGCUUGUUUGUAUAAACAAGCUACAAUACAUCCAUUUGCUUUCAGAACUCAUACUCAUCAAUUAGGUCAAGUGGUUAGUGGAUACAGAGUAAGGGAUGGAAAAUGGACAUUAAUAGGUCGACAGAGUCCACAAAUGCCCCAGGCUUUCUAUCAUGUGGAACACCCAAUAGACAUUAAAUAUGGCGACACCAUAACAGCUAGAUGUGUGUUCACAGGAAAAGGAAGAACAACUGUUACACUGAUAGGAGGAACAGCGAAAGAUGAAAUGUGCAACUUGUAUAUUAUGUAUUACAUGGAUGCUAAGCAUGCCAAGCCAUAUGCAUAUUGCAUGCAAACUGGUAGUCCUGAAUUGUUUAAGCAAAUUCCUCCAGAGGCAAAUAUUCCAAUUCCUGUCAGCCCAGAUAUGGCUAUACAUGGACAUCAUACAGUCAAAGACAGCCCAGAUGAAAAUGUCAUACUGCAGCAACCUAAAAGAGAGGAAGAGGUGGUUCUUGACCAGGGUAAUUUUUAUGCACUAAUUUCCAAGCUCCUGGGAGAACGAGAAGAUGUGGUUCACGUACAUAAGUACAAUCCUACACACAAGGCAGAAUCAGACCUUGUUGCUGCAAUUGCUAAUGUGGUGCAAAAAAAGGACCUGACUUCUGGUCCGAAGGAGUUUUUGAGUCUUGAUGAAAGAUCUGACCCCGUCCUAAUAAGAGACAGAGUUCAUAAAUUCCACAGGAUAGAAUCCACUUUAAGGCCUGCUGGCAAUAAAUUAUCAACUCUGCAGCCCAGAUCUGGGUUGAACAGCAGAGAGAUUGAAAACCGUAGAGUCUCUCACUUGGAAGAAGCAAUUGACUGGCCUGGAGAAAAACUAGAGCUGGGUCAAGUUUCUGGAGUUGCUCUGGAUUCCAAAACUAACCUAGUCAUUUUUCACAGAGGAAACCAUGUGUGGGAUGAGAAUUCAUUUGACCACAAGCAUAUCUAUCAGGCUCAAGGUAUUGGACCAAUUCAGUACAACACAAUUCUCACGUUGGAUCCAGUCACUGUGAAAGUGUUAAAUGCUGUAGGAGCAAAUGUAUUCUAUCUGCCCCAUGGUAUUAGCAUGGAUAAAGAUGAUAACUUCUGGGUAACUGAUGUGGCACUUCAUCAGGUUUUCAAACUAGGACCUAAAGGUGACUAUUUAUUGAUUCUUGGAGAAGCCUUUCAGCCAGGAAGCGACAGCAAUCAUUUCUGUCAGCCCACUGAUGUGGUAGUAGAUCCAAUUCGUGGUAAUUUUUAUGUGGCUGAUGGCUACUGCAACAGCAGGAUUAUUCAAUUUUCUCCAAACGGAAAGUUUAUCAUGCAGUGGGGAGAAGAGAGCUCACUUUCUGGGAUACCUAAACCAGGGCAAUUCUUCAUUCCACAUAGCUUGACAUUUGUGCCAAUAUUAGACCAACUCUGUGUGGCUGAUAGAGAGAAUGGAAGGAUUCAGUGUUUUAUCGCACAGUCCGGACAAUUCCUUCGGGAGAUUGAACAUCCUGAGUUUGGAGCGCGACUGUUUGCAGUGUCCUACACAGCUGACAAUGGUGGUCUGCUAUAUGCAGUAAAUGGAGAAGCUCUUGUUGGCAAAGGAGUACCAGUGCAAGGAUUUGUCCUGAAUUUUACAACUGGAGAAUUACUAGACAUCUUCAAACCAAGCCAAGAGGACUUCCUUAUGCCACACGACAUUGUUGCAGCAGAUGAUAAGACCGUGUAUGUUGGAGAUAUUCAAGCCAGAAGAGUGUGGAAAUUUGUGCCAGCAGAAAAAGCUGAGCACCGUUCAGUAAAGAAAGCAGGAACUGGCAUGGAGAUGCAUGAAAUAGAUGCAACUGAAACAUUCCUUGAAGCAGAAAUAGAAGGCAAGAUGAGAGCUCCUGAGAUGUUGAGGAAGCAUAAAACUAACAGUGUUCUCAAACAAUCAAGUACUGCAGUUUCUCCAGUCCUUAUUACAUUAUUGCUCAUCAUUCCUGUUGUGAUGUUAGUAGGAAUUGGAGUCUUCAUCCACUGGCGCAAAGGGAAGACUUAUGGAGAAGAUCCUGACAGUAAGUUGGAGUCAAUACAAUCAUCUGGAGGAAUUUUGGGGAGGCUUAGGGGGAAAAGCAGCCGAGGACUAAACUUGGGGAACUUCUUUGCAAGCCACAGAGGUUACAGUCGAAAAGGCUUUGACAGAUUAAGUACGGAAGGAAGUGAUCAAGAAAAAGAUGAUGAGGAAGGCACUGACUCAGAAACAGAAGAAUAUUCAGCACCACCAAUUGCAGCAACCACCUCAUCCUCCUGAAAUAUGCUAAUACCAAUUUGCUCUGAUAAUGAUGACAAUAUAUUGAGUUCCCAUUUUGUUUCCUUACAAGCAGAUGUAUUCAGGAUGUGUAUUUGAUAGUAACUGUACUCAUCUGUUUUGGUUAUAUGACAUGUACAUUUUAUUUAUUUGUGGAGUUUCAUAUCAUGCUUUUGCUACCAUAUCUAAACAAUCAUGUUGAUCUUAUUGUUGGGACCAAUUAUUAUCUGAAUGCUAAAGCAAAUUGUACUGCUUUGGGCCAUAAAGAAUAUUUUUAAUUGUUACUGCCUUACCUUGCUGGAACUAUAAACCUGUGUUGGUGAGUCAGUCACUUCUUUGCUUCAGCUGUAGCACUUGGCUACUGUCCUGUCUGGCACUUUAGUUUGAUAAUUCCAGUGUGUAAGUAACAUUGUGCCUUCUCUAUCAAGCAUCCUUCGUCUGCAGUCCAAUAAUGUUACAAAGCAAAGUAAGGCUGCUCCUUUUUGUCUUAGUUUCUCUCUAAAACACUCAAACCUGGUUAUUAAACAGCAAAUUGUACAUACAGAGAAAAGGAUUCUGUAUUUACAGUGAAAAUCAUUUUUGAUGUAUUCAAAGUAAAUGUUGAAGACUUAAAUUUUGGGGAUAUUGCAAAUUGUUAUAUGGUUAGAACAAUAUUUUCGGUCGCUGAAUGUAAUUUGUGUAAUAAAGUGUUCGCAAGCAUUA